CUAACUCCUUCAUUUUAUAAUAUCAAGACAAACUCAGAAUGUUACAAGUGUAGAGUUCCACUCAAUCAAGGUUCAGACCAUGAAUACAUUUCCUCCUCUGCUUGCAAUUAUCUUUGCCUGUUUGCUAUGCACAAUCAUGUUCUAUACUGUCACGUGCAACUCCAAUAUUCGCUGCAACAAGAAAGACAAGGAUGCUCUCUUAAAGUUCAAGCAAGGAAUCGAAGAUCCAGCAGGUGUGCUCUUUUCAUGGUCAACUCAACACGAUUGUUGCGAAUGGAAAGGAGUCAUGUGUGACAAUUUCACAAGUAGAGUCACUUUACUCAGUCUUCCUUGUAACACAACUCUUCCAACUUACACUGAUAAAAUGGAUAAAUCACACUGCCUCACAGGUUCCAUUUACCUAUCCUUGUUUGUCCUGGAGUUUGAAUUUCUAUAUCACUUGAAUUUGAGUAAUAACAACUUCUCAACUAUCCAAUUUGGUUCUCAUGUGUAUGCCCAAAAUUGUCAUAAUCUAUCUACUACUACUCCUUCCCAUAGAUGUGUAAACUCUUCAGUUCUUCGUUAUCUUGAUUUAUCAUUCAACUUUGAUGCCAACACUAGCCUUCAAUGGCUUUCUCAUUUUUCCUUCUUGAAAUAUCUUAACCUCGAUGGCAUUGAUCUUCACAAGGAAACCAACUGGCUUCAAUCAGUCAUCAAGCUUCCAUCACUUUUAGAGCUCCACAUGCAUCAUUGUCAUCUUAAAGACUUGAGUCCGUCUCUUCAAUUUGCCAAUUUUACAGCACUCAAAGUUCUUUCUCUUCCUGGAAAUGAUUUUCAGUCAGUGUUACCAAAAUGGCUAUUCAAUUUAAGUAGUGGUAUCUCUUCCAUCGACCUCGGGUCAAAUUUUUUACAAGGUCAACUGCCUAAGUCGUUGUUAAAUCUUCGACACUUGGAAAUCUUGGACUUGCACGGUAAUUACUUCAACGGACCAAUUCCACAUUGGUUAGGAGAAUUUGAACAUCUGAGAUAUCUUAAUCUUAGAAAAAACAUGUUUUCUGGAUCUAUUCCCAUAAGUUUGGGAAAUUUAUCAUCCUUAGAUUUCUUGGCGGUCACCUCAAAUAGAUUGACAGGAGUUGUGUCCGAGAAAACUUUUGUCAGACUGUCAAAAUUGAAGAAGUUAGGCAUAUUCAUAUUACCACCAUUAAUCUUUGAUUUUGACUCCAACUGGAUUCCUCCCUUUCAACUUGAGCGAUUAAAUAUUGCAUUUUCAGGAACUAAAUUUCCUGAGUGGUUAUACACCCAAAAGUCUCUUGAAUCUUUAAGUAUUUAUGAAUCAUCAUUUGAGGCUAGCGAAAAAUUUUGGAAUUUUCUGUCAAGAAUGAAAGAAGUGAAUUUAGAACAGAAUUCGAUAGAUGGGAACUUGUCAAACGUGUUGUUGAACUCUACUUUCAUAUCUUUGUCAUCAAAUGAUCUGAAGGGUUGGUUGCCUAGAUUAUCAUCGAACGUGGUCGUUGCACGGUUGUCAAACAACUCAUUAUCAGGAAACUUGUCUUCUCUCUUGUGUGAUGAAAAGAUGUUGAAUGGGAAAAGUAAUUUGGUGUACUUGGACGUAUCACUUAAUCGUCUGUCGGGAGGACUUACAAAUUGUUGGGGAAAUUGGAAAUCGUUGGUUCAUGUUAAUUUGGGAAGCAAUUAUUUAACAGGUAAGAUACCACCAUCAAUGGGCCUGUUGUCUAAUCUCACAUCAUUCCAUGUACAUGAAAAUAAGCUCUAUGGAGAAAUUCCCUCCUCGCUGAAAAAUUGUCACUCUUUGUUAAUCUUCAAUGUUCGGGAAAACGACUUUUCAGGAAAUAUACCAAAUUGGAUGCCAGAUGCUGCAAAAGUUCUCCAAUUAAGAUCCAAUCAUUUUACAGGAAAUAUCCCACCACAUAUAUGCCAAAUGUCUUCCCUCAUUGUUUUGGAUAUUGCAGAUAACACAAUCUCAGGACAUAUACCCAACUGCCUUCACAAUAUCACAGCCUUAGUUUCCGGCAAAACUUCACCCCACAUGCUUUCUUUUGCCUUUCCCUUGCCUGAUGGUCGCUACUACACCUUUGAAGACAAUCUUGAGCUGGUUACAAAGGGUCAAGCAAUAAAAUAUGGAAAAAACCUGCACUUUAUGAACUUGAUUGAUAUGUCAAGUAACAAUUUUUCUGGAGCAUUACCUCCCCAAAUGUUUAGACUCCUUGGAUUAUGUUCCUUGAACUUGUCUCAUAAUAAAUUAACCGGAAAAUUUCCAAAUGAGAUUGGAAACAUGAACCAGUUGGAGUCCCUUGAUUUUUCAGCAAACCAACUUUGGGGUGAAAUUCCCCAAACUCUAUCAAAUCUGUCCUUUUUGAGUUACUUAAACCUGUCAUUCAACAAUUUCACAGGCAAAAUACCAUCAGGAACACAGCUCCAAGGUUUCGGUGAACUUAGCUAUAUCGGUAAUACAUAUCUUUGUGGACCUCCACUUACAAAAACAUGCUUCCAAGAUUAUGUAAAGCAAAUAAAAGAAGAUGAGGAUAAAUCUGAAUUCUGGUCAUGGUUUUAUACUGGAACAGAAACUGGAUUUGGCAUGAGCUUUUUGGGAGUUUGUUGUGCCCUUUUCUUGAAUGGAAAAUGGAGGCACGCUUACUUCAAGUUUUUCUGUUGUUUGAUAGAUCGACUUUAUGUUAUGGGACUCAUCACUAUAAAUUCCUUCCCUUUUGCGUAGUGGCAUUCCUCAUUCUUCAGAAGGGAAGAGAAAACAAAGACAGUGAUGCAAUUUUGAUGGCAACGACGACCACUGUCCAUUAGCUCAAGAUUUAGAUUUUGUUUUUAUUCCAUCGGGAGACUGCGAUUAUACUUCUAGACUUCUCUUUUAUUUCUUUAUUUUCCUACGUAAGGAUCUUACAGUAUUACGUAAUUAAUGGUGUUAAACGUAUAGAUUGAAUAAGU